AUGGGAAGAAGGCAAGAGUUAGACGUAUCAAAUUGACAAUUUAAUAUAGAAAAUGAAAAAUACAAUAGUCAGCCUAAAGGCUAUCUAACAGCUUUGUAAAUUUUAUAUAGUGAUUCAGCUCAUGACCAAGAAACCCCAAAAAGAGCGUUUGAGAAGGAUGAUAGUGAUUCUUCACAAGAAAAUUUUACAUCAAGACCUUCAUCAACAUCUUCUUAUUUUAGAGAAAGUUUUAGCACUUUUUCUGGAGCUCCCAGCCGCAGAAUUUCAUUAAAGCCAAAUUUUAAAGAAAACAACACUGAAAAUCAGCCUGCUGAAAUUCAAAAAGAAUAUGAUUCUAUAGAUAAAGUUACAAAUGAAGCUGGCAGUGAAGUAAAGAAGCCAGUUAUUUUAUAUUCGCAGAAGCAAAAUAUUUUAGCAAAUAGACAGACAAGAGAAAGUGAGGCAGCAGAGGAAAGAUAUAUGCAGAAAAGGAGAGCUGAUUUGAGUGAAUUUGAGCGGUCAAUAGUAGAAAGAGCUAAAGUUGUAGAACUUCCUUUUAAUGAAACCAUUAAAAAUCUUGAAUUUAGUAGCCAAGAAGAGGAGAUCUCUCAAUUAAUCAUACAAAGGCAUGCAAGAGAUAGCAUCGCUUCAGUUUUUAAUGAUAUGAGUUUUGAUACAUCUGACGAGGAGCUUGUGUAUCAAACCAAGCUAAAUACUUUACAAAAUAGCAUUAUUGAGCAAAUUCCUUUCGGGGAUAUUACAAAUCAAUCAGAUAUUUCAAUUGGGUCGCCCCUAUCUAUUGAUACUAUUCCAAAUGAUAACACUUUAGACAGCACUGAAGACGAAGAGUUUCUAUAUAAUCCUGCCCUUAUGAAUAUUCCCUCAGCGCCUUCUAUACUUAAAAAUCCUUCCAAAAAAACUCCCCAUACAAAUGAAAAAUUUGGCUUGAAAAGAAAAUAUGUUGCCCCUUCUCAAGAUAAUGAAAAUCGAAGGUAUCCAAUAAGAAAUAGAAUCAAGCCAGUUCAACACUGGAGAAAUGAAAGGAUUGUUUACGAUGAAUCAAAUAUAAUUCUUGGAGUUGACGUUAAAGACGAAGGCUACUUAACUAAAAGUGAUGAAAAAAUAUAUAACAGAGAACCUAAGAGACCUAAAUUGAGAGAAAAAGAAGUUCAACAAGAAUGCCAGUUUCCGAUUUAUGAUCCAAAAACGAAUAAAGAAGUACUUGAAAAGGUGAUAUAUCCAAAAUCAAGUUGGGUGUGUGAUGAAGAAGCUAAAGGAAAAAUCGUAAUUGUAGGAGAAGAUGACAGAAUUAAAUUAAUUGUGGUCAGUCUGAAGCCAGAUGAGACUAUUGAUCUUGGCAUAAUAAACUCAAGAGCAAUGGGAAUUAUUAUGAUGUCUGGCUGUUUCGCUACACAAGUUACUAUCCAUGAAUCAGUUCUUAAACUAUCCCAAUGGGAUGCAUUUUCUGUACCUCCCAAAAACAAAUUAACUAUCACAAAUACGUCUCAAAAAUGCUCUACAAAGGUUCAUUUACAAAUCGAAAAAAUAUAA